UCACAAGAAAGGGGGAGGCUUUCCGCGAGAGUAAAUGAAGAUUUUGAGAAAAAUAAAGAAGCUGAUUACCUUCUGUUUGGUUAGAUUUAAGUAUUUUUUUAUCUAAUAAUUGUUAAACCGAACGACAGUUGACAACAACCGGGAAUAUAGCUUUUGAAACAUCUCCUCCCCUCCCCCGUGACAGCUAGCGCUGUCCGGUCAGAAGUCACAAGCAGCUCAGACUUUAACCUGGGAUCCGAGCAGGUAUCGAUCCGCGGUCAGCUGUAGGCUCAGGUGUGUCCCAGGAUCUACUUCUUCAUCUUUCUGCUUACCUGUCAGAGAGACAUGCUGCGCGCGAGGGCAGCCGUGAGCCUGUCAUGCAGAGGGCUGAGGACGUUCCCCUGUGCAGCCGUGGAGGUGAAGAACGAGCCCAUCCUCAGCUUCACCCAGGGCAGCGCAGAGAGAGCGCAGCUGCUGCAGACGCUGGCCGAUCUGAAGGGGAAGACGGAGGAGGUCCCGUGUGUUGUGGGGGACGAACACGUGUGGACCACAGACAUCAGAUACCAGCUGUCUCCCUUCAAUCACUCCCAUAAAGUAGCAAAGUUCUGCUAUGCUGAUAAGGAGCUGAUCGACAGAGCCAUCGGGGCGUCGGUGGCGGCGCGGAGGGAGUGGGACCUGAAGCCCGUCCAGGACCGAGCGCAGGUUCUGUUCAGAGCCGCAGACGCCCUCAGUGGCCCCCGCAGAGCCGAGGUGGUCGCCAAGACCAUGAUCGGACAGGGGAAGACGGUGGUGCAGGCGGAGAUCGAUGCGGCUGCAGAGCUGAUCGACUUCUUCCGGUUUAACGGGAAACACGCCGUGGAGCUGGAGCAGCAGCAGCCGCUGGACGCCGCAGGGAGCACCAACACCAUGCUGUACCGCGGCCUGGAGGGGUUCGUAGCGGCCGUGGCCCCGUUCAACUUCACGGCGAUUGGAGGAAACCUGGCAGGAACGCCCGCCGUCAUGGGUAACGUGGUGCUGUGGAAGCCGAGUGACACGGCGAUGUCAGCGAGCUACCUGGUGUACCAGGUGCUGAGGGAGAGCGGCCUUCCCCCCAACAUCGUCCAGUUCCUCCCCGCCGACGGGCCCGUGUUCGGGGACACCGUCACCGCCUCGGAGCACCUCGCCGGGGUCAACUUCACCGGCAGCGUCCCGACGUUCAAGCGCCUCUGGAAGCAGGUCGCUCAGAACCUGGACACCUACAGGAACUUCCCCCGCCUGGCAGGAGAGUGCGGCGGGAAGAACUUCCACUUCGUGCACGCCUCUGCGGACGUUGAGAGCGUGGUGAAGGGGACGAUCCGCUCAGCGUUCGAGUACGGGGGUCAGAAGUGUUCGGCCUGCUCCAGGAUGUACGUCCCCGACAGCAAGUGGCCUCAGAUCAGAGACCAGAUGCUGGACAUCCUCCAGCAGGUCAAAGUGGGAGACCCCGUUGAAGACUUCAGCUCCUUCUUCUCGGCUGUGAUCGAUGAGAAGUCGUUUGCUCGGAUAAAGAAGUGGCUCGAUCACAGCAAGUCCUCCCCCAACCUGAAGGUCAUCGCCGGGGGCAACUGUGAUGACAGCAAGGGAUACUUCGUGGAGCCGACCAUCAUCCAGACCUCCGACCCAAAGGACGCCAUCAUGAGCGAGGAGAUCUUCGGCCCGGUUCUGUCAGUGUACGUUUACCCAGAGAAGGACUACAGGGAGGUUCUGCAGCUGAUCGACAACACGUCGCCGUUCGCUCUGACGGGCGCCGUGUUCGCUCAGGACAGGCAGGUGAUAGAGGAAGCCUCUGCAGUGCUGAGGAACGCUGCAGGAAACUACUACGUGAACGAUAAAUCCACUGGCUCUGUGGUCGCUCAGCAGCCCUUUGGAGGAGCCCGGUCUUCAGGGACGAAUGAUAAGCCGGGGGGGCCACACUACGUCCUGCGCUGGACGUCUCCUCAGGUGGUGAAGCAGACUCACGUCCCCCUCACAGAGUGGAAGUACCCCUACAUGGACUGACAAUGACAGCCCAGCAUCUGACCCGCCGACCAAUCACAGCCCAGCAUCUGACCCGCCAACCAAUCACAGCCCGGCAUCUGACCCGCCAACCAAUCACAGCCCGGCAUCUGACCCGCCAACCAAUCACAGCCCAGCAUCUGACCCAUCGACUAAUCACAGCCUAGCAUCUGACCCAUCGACUAAUCACAGCCUGGCAUCUGACCCAUCGACUAAUCACAGCCUGGCAUCUGACCCAUCGACUAAUCACAGCCUGGCAUCUGACCCAUCGACUAAUCACAGCCUGGCAUCUGAGCCGCCGACCAAUCACAGCCCAGCAUCUGACCCAUCGACUAAUCACAGCCUAGCAUCUGACCCAUCGACUAAUCACAGCCUGGCAUCUGACCCAUCGACUAAUCACAGCCUGGCAUCUGAGCCGCCGACCAAUCACAGCCUAGCAUCUAACCCAUCGACCAAUCACAUCCCAGCAUCUGACCCAUCGACUAAUCACAGCCCGGCAUCUGACCCGCCGACCAAUCACAGCCUGGCAUCAGACCAGCUGACCCUCUGAACACACAGGGCUCCCGUUAGCUCUUCCUCUGCAGUCUGGAGCCCAACUUGUUCAAAAAUCAGCUCAACGAAGUCAAGCAGCAUCUUUGAACAGUUUGGUAUCUCUAAAGUCAACAUGCACUGAUUCCAGCUCCUGAAUGUCUCCUCCUCUGAUGAACUGGAUAUCUCUGAGUCUGAUUAAUCUACUGAUCAUUGUCACUGAGAUCAGCAGAAUAUUCUAGGUCACUGAACAAAGAGUUCCUGUUACGUCUCUAAACACGUCUCUCUGCGUCAGCUCUUCAGAUCUAAUAAUGAAAUCCCUUUUGGUAGAUCUGUGACAAGCGCGUUGAGUGUCCUCUUGUUAGAGUUUGUGUCGCAGUGAAAUGUGUCCCCUGAUCUCUCUGAAUCUCUCCUAAGGAGUAUUUCUGCCGUCCUCAAACAAAAGGCAGCUGAUUCACUUUAUCUUCAGAAGGUGCCUGCCUUAGUAGCUCUGUAAAUUCAGAUGUAGUUAUUAAUUUUGACAAUAAAUAUUAUAUAAUAUA